AUGAAGGGUUGCAAAAUAAGCAGGUUCAUGGAAAGUCAGUUUCUGAACUGGGAUUAUCACACCAGUUCUGUCAUUGAAGGCCGUUUAUUAAUCGUUUGGAGAAGGUUAUCUGUUAGAGUCAUCAUUUUAGAGGAGUCCACUCAGGCUGUUCAUUGUUUGGUGAAGAUGACUGGAAUGCAGCAGGAUUUUGGUGUCACUUUUGUUUAUGGCCUUAAUUCGAUUGAAGGCAAGGACAGAACAGGAGGCAAGCCAAUAUCAGAUUUAGAGCUAAGUGAUUCUAUUAAGUGGCUGGCAGGUGCUCAUGUUGAACCAUUAAAGAAUAUAGGUUCAUAUUUUACUUGGACUAACAACCAAGAUGGUGCAGCUAGGAUCUACUCUAAAAUAGACCAUGCUCUGAUCAAUGAAAAAUGUUAUGAUUUAUUUUCUCAGUCUUCAGCCGUAUUCAGCUGGGAAGUCAUCUCAGAUCAUUGCUCUUGUCUUGUUAGAGUUCAAAAUUUAGAGAAGUUGGGGUCCAAAAUUUUUCGAUUUUACAACUAUUGGGUAGAACAUCAUGAAUUUCUUGGUCAGGUGUUAAAAAGCUGGAGAACCCCGAUUAAAGCUACUGGUUGCAGUGCGAUUUAUCUCAAGCUACUGAGACUAAAACAUUGCUUGAAAGCUUUUAAUAUGGACAGAAUAGGUGAUAUAAAGUCUAAUUAUCAUAAGGCUAAAGAUUCUUAUCAAGAUGCUCAGAUGCUUGCUCAAGCUCAUCCCCACGAUUUUUGCUAUCAAGAGGCUGAGAGGAAAGCAGCAGCUGAUUUUUCGGUUCAGAAACAUAAAGCAGAGAAUGGGAUAGUCUCUUACAUAACAGCAGAAGGGCAGUUAGUUGAAAAUUAUUCAGAAGUUGUUUCUCAUUUUUUGGGUCCUGAUGGGUAUGGUUCAGGUUUUUUCAAAGCUGUCUGGAGUGAUAUAGGUGAUGAGGUUUGUGAUGCUAUAUCUCAGUGUUUUGAGUAUGGUCGGUUCCCUUUUGAGCUUCAUGAAACUACUUUAUCAUUGAUUCCUAAGACCAAUCAGGGAGCAUUUGUUAAAGGUCGCACUGUUGACUGUCCUUUUAGCCAACGACGUUGGGUUAUGUCUUGUGUUAGGAGUACCUCCUAUUUUCUGGUGAUUAAUGGGAGAAUUCAAGGAAAAUUUAAAGGUGAGAAAGGGCUGAGACAGGGUGAUCCUAUGUCACCUCUACUGUUUGUUCUCAUCAUGGAAUAUUUGACUAGAAGUUUACAACAUGUACCUCUUAAUUCCCCCUUUAGAUUUCACCCGAUGUGCAAAAGUCUUAAGCUUAUUAAUCUGUGUUUUGCGGAUGAUUUGCUUAUCUUUUGUAAGGGUACUCUCCCAGCUGUUAGAAGUGUUAAGGUGGUUCUUGAUGAAUUUGCUACUGCCUCUGGUCUUUUUAUCAAUUCUGGAAAAUCUCAAUUUUUUUUGGUGGAUUUUCAAGCUCGGAUAGAGCCCAGAUUGCUCUUGAGAUUAAUCUUUCAGAAGAGAAGCAAGUUACACAUCCCUUCUUGGCAAAAGGUUCGCCUCCCUAAAGCUUAUGGUGGCUUGGGAUUCAGAGAUGGAGCAAUUUGGAACCGAGCUGUCCUAGCAAAGUAUGUUUGGGCUUUAUCUUCCAAAACAGAUUUGUUAUGGGUUAAAUGGAUUAAUUCCAUUUAUCUGAAAGGAGGCAAUAUCUGGAAUUAUGAAAUGAAAGGAGACUGUAGCUGGUACUGGCGGAAACUUUGUCGUCUCAAGGACUAUUUUAGACCUGCUGCCAUUUUAUCUGCUGUUUAUGGAGAAACAGAAACAGAUGCAUUUAUGAUGGUUAUUCCUCAUCUAUAA